UAUAAAAGCACUUUGCACAUGCCAAAAGGUAUCAUUAGCUCUACCAGCACGAACCAAACUCAUUCAAAAUGAAAUCGGUAAUCCUUGUCGCUCUUGCUUUCGCGGCCGUCGCCGUCGCUGCUCCCGCUGAGCCCAUCAAGAUCCUCAAGUCAUCUAGCGAUGUCAACCCCGAUGGUGCCUACGUAUACAACUUCGAGACUGAAAACGGAAUCGUCCGCAGCGAAAACGGUGAUGUGAAACAAGUUCUCGACGCUGAAAACAAGCCCCAUGAAGUCGUUGUCAUGCGUGGAUCUUUCUCUUACGUCGACCCCGAAGGCAAGACGCAACUCAUCAACUACUACGCUGAUGAGUUCGGCUUCCACGCUGAAGGAGACUCCAUCCCCAAAGUUGUUGUCGCCAGGAGAUAAGCACCUUACAACCAGGACCAACUAGUAUUAGACUAAUGAUCUUGCUGCCAUAAUGAACGCACGGUGAAGCGUCAGCCGUACGUUUUCUGCUGUUAUUUGAUGCUUCCUGCCAUAUUUGUGCGAUUUUUGUUAACUGUUAUCUUUGUUAACAUAAUGUACAAAAGUCAAUAAAUUUACUCAAAAAAAA